UCCGCUUUCUUCCCGCAUUCCCCAACCUUGCGUUGACGAGUGAACAUGGCUACUGCAGCUGAGAAAAACAGAGGGGAGCUGCAGAAGGAAUUGGUCUGUGCCAUCUGCCUGGACUAUUUCAACGACCCAGUGAUUUUGAAAUGCGGUCACAAUUUCUGCCGUGUGUGCAUCCUUAUGCACUGGGAAGAAAACGGUGGCGAUGAUAUUGGUUAUCAAUGCCCGGAGUGCAGAAUGGUAUUUGGUAAGAUGAGCUUUACCAAGAAUUACCUGGUCAAGAAUUUGGUCGACAAAUUAAGUGAAUUUGACUGUCUGAAGACAGUCAAGCCAGCUGCUCCAUCAAAGUCCAUAAAAAUGGAUGGGAAAUGUGAGAGACAUAACGAGGAACUGAAGUUGUAUUGUCACAGCGAUAGUAAACCCAUCUGCGUUGUGUGCAGGGAGUCGAGGGCACAUAGACACCAUGAAGUGGCGCCUUUACCAGAAGUCAUUGAAGACAUGAAGAGUGAGUUGAGGAUGAGGCUUAUCAAGCUGAACUGGCAGAAGUCGAUGUGUUCAAGAGUGAAGGCCAUUGACGAGCAGGCCAAGAAUGAUGCCAAGAUGAAGAAGCAAGCGUUGAAGGAGAAGAUCGAGGAGGACGUGGGAGCGAUGGUACAGUUCCUCCUGGACGAGAAGGACGAUCUCCUGGAGAGUCUGCAGGCAGAGGAGGUGGCCACUGUGGCCUUGCUCGACGACAACCUCAAGCUGGUGAGCAGCGAGGAGGUGUCUGUGGACAAGGCCAUCACAGACAUCCAGAACCAGCUCAGCGACUCCGCCAACUUUGAGGCCAUUCGGAAGUUGUAUACCAGUCCAUUUCAAGGAAGUAGCUCUGUGACGGCCACCAACUGUCCCCCAGACUGGACCGAGUUCACAGGACCAUUCCAGCUCAUCAUGUGGAAGAAGAUGAUGCAUGUCUUACAUACAAUGCCUCAGAAUCUCACGCUGGACCUGGACACGGCACACCCCUGCCUGGCCAUCAGCGACUUCGACACCAAGGUGGAGGGAUCGCGACGCCAGAGGAGGCCGGCGUGCGCAUGGCGCUUCCUGCAGCUUCUUGGUGCUGCUGGCCCGCGGCGCGAGUACUCCAGCGGUCAGCACUACUGGGAGGUGGACGUGCGCGACAAGGGCGUCUGGUACCUGGGCGUCACCACCGAGUACAGCAACCGCAAAGGCUUUGUCAACCUCUCGCCGUCCGCUGGCUACUGGAGCCUGUGCCUGCAGGACCGGCUGUACGCCAACGAGGAGGACGCCCGCAUCCCCGUGGCCGACUACUGGAACUCGCCGCGCGUGGGCGUCUUCCUGGAUUAUGACCGCGGCCGCGUGGCCUUCUACGACGCCGUCACCAUGAAGCGCAUCUACGCGUUCAACGCCUACUUUGACGAGCCCGUGUCCCCUUUCUUUAGCCCAGGGAAGAAUGACCCCGGCAGCCGGCUCCAGAUCUGCCACUACUACUGGGGGGGGGAUGUGGAGUCUGCUGGCCAACAACGUUUAGGGUUUUUAAAGAUGCUUAACAGAGCUGCAAACGCAGGUAGCGGAGGCAAGCACAACUCCUCCAGGAUGUACCUAGUGUGUCUCCGCAUUUUACAUAUGAGGAGAGUUGUGACCAACAGCUGCCCUGUGUUUAACUCUUAGGAUGUGCAGAUUUUUCUGGGCUGCGAUGCAGUUGCUUUCUAGUGCUUUGGAUUCUCAGAAUGCCACGAUAUCAAUGGUCUUCGGACUGGUUUUUAUUUGAGUUGGAGUUGGAGAAUUCAUGUAGCCCUACAACCACAAUCAGGUAGAUGUACUGCAAGUCAGCUUUUGACCUCAGUGUUUCUGUUACUUUAAAGAGUUAAUUUCAAAUAAAUCAGCUACCCCUUACAAUUAUAUUUUCCUGUAAUUAUAUUCAUUCGCCAUUGAAAUGUCAUUGUAAAUAAUUGGUUGUGCACACUAUUUGCCACAAUUUAAAUAUUAGCUUAUUUCAAUUCUUUUAAUUUCAUGUUACUCAUAGUUUUAUUUUCUUUUAAAGCAAAAGCCUGGUUACAGUUUUAUAAUUUCAUGAACUGUAUUUUUUCCUCUUCAUGACUUUUCAGUUUUGUGUAGACUUUAUUUACAUGAAGAAACAAACAUUUGUAAGUGCAGGCACUGGAAUAAUCUUUUAGUUACUUAAUGAUUGAUGAUUUUAGGAUACAAGGCAUUUAUGAUGUGCACCAAUGCUAUUUAUAAUAAGCCUUUUCCUACUCCAGGUUCCAAGGUGUGUGUGUGUGUGUGUGUGUGUGUGUGUGUGUGUGUGUGUGUGUGUGUGUGUGUGUCCAAAUUCAAAUGAGCUAUCUCAUGUUUAUCAAAUUUUUUUUUGAUUUGGGCGUCAUUUCCUGAAUCUUCUAAGAUUAGUAGCUAUUGUAAUAGCAACCGUGAUUAUAUGUAUAUGAUAGAUAGACUUUGCAGACCUCAAUUACAGAUAUGAAAGAGUUUCUACGGAAGGCCACACAGAUGAGUGGCAUCUGAAAGUACACAAUGUACAGCAAAUCCAUUUAUCAUGUAUAAAGCUAUUUGUUAAACUGUUCCUUGGAAGACUGUACAUUUCAAGACGCUAAAGUUUAGUAGUAACUAUGAAAAGGAAACUUAUCCCAAGAGUAUUUCUUUUGGGUUAAUGAUUGGAUGGCAAAAAUAAAACUACCUGUACACAUAAAGGAAUGAAAACCUGUAAUUGCCAUAUCCAGUCCAAAGCUUCCCAAGCUUGUUUAUCCACAGACAUGCAAAAUUGUACCAUCACUAAAAUAUCCAUGCUUUGUUUUCACAAAAUCAAAGGGAGUUGCCAGUACCAAUGUGCAGUCUAAUAAAGGAACUUUUCCUUGCAAAGGAGAGGAACAGCGCACCAUUGGUGCACCUCUAGUUUCACCUGUGUGUGUGUGUGUGUGUGUGUUUUGCGGGACCACAAGCCUUUGACUCUGUUUCAUGGAAGUCAUGUUUUAUGCUCAUAUUCACAUUGUCAAAACGACCAUGCUUUCUUAACCCCUCCCAUCAAGUGACCGGGUCUGGCACACUAGUUCCCUUUAAAUGUGCUUCUUUUCGUUCUGUAUGUUUUCUAAGCCUUUCCUCCAGAUUAUGUUUUAUGGCUGUUUUUUUGUGUUGUAAGUGCCCUGUUACAAGGUGUAUUGGACAUGUUAUGCCAUUGUGAAAUGUUGCUGAAGGGGUGGGGUAGGGUGGGGGUUGCACAUCUGAACUGUGAACAUUUUAACUUGUGUAUGAGAAUUAUGCUUUAGUAUAAAUACAAUAUGUAAUGAACCAUAACGGCAAUUUUAUGAUUUAAAAAAUAAAAUU